AUGCCGUUCUUGAAUCCGUUCAAAAAGUACGAGUUGGUCGAUUUCGAACAUGUGGUCGUGCCGCUCAGCCAUGCCCCUCGUCACCCCGUCGUCUUGGCCGAGAACAAGCGACGAGCCUCUUUCUCCUCAUCCACCAACGACUCGACCUUGAACAAUCAAAACACAGUCGAAAAGGCAGGUUCUGCUGACCCGAACAGUAACGACGCCUUGACCAUUCAGGCUCUCCGCGCUGAGGUGGAGGCCGACGUUGCCGCAUCCGGACGUGAUUCGGCCUACGAUCGAAAAUCCAAGGUGAUUAAUAAAGCCAUCCAGGAUAUUGGGAUGGGCCAAUACCAGUGGAGACUCUUUGUUCUCUGCGGCUUUGGCUGGCUGGCUGACAACCUCUGGCUUCAAGAUGUCGCCUUGACUCUCCCAUCUCUGAGUGCUGAAUUUGGAAUCAGUGAGGCCAAUGUGCGCUAUACCACCCUUGCCUUGUUCACUGGUUUGUGCUGCGGUGCAGUCUUUUGGGGCACCAUGAGCGACGUAGUUGGCAGACGAUUAGCUUUCAACUUGACCCUCUUCAUCACAUCAGUGUUCGGGAUCGCAGUUGGCGGGGCCAACACAUGGAUCCAAACCUGCGCCCUGUUCUCAGCGCUCGGAUGCGGCGUAGGUGGUAACCUGCCGGUGGAUGGGGCGUUGUUUCUCGAGUUUCUUCCUUUUGCAUCAGGAAAUCUCUUGACAAUGCUGUCUGUCUUCUGGCCAUUCGGUCAACUACUUGGCAGUGUGGUGGCUUGGGGCUAUCUUCCCAACUACUCCUGUUCGUCAGAUCUACCGGCCUGCAGCGCGGUGGCCGAAGGGGUGGCUUGUUGCACCAAGAGCAGCAACAUGGGAUGGCGGUAUCUCAAUUACACUAUGGGUUGUUUUACAUUUCUCAUGUUUGUCUGUCGGUUCUUUCUCUUUCACCUCUUCGAGUCGCCAAAGUACCUUCUCUCCAGAGGCCGGCAGCGUGAAGCUGUCACAGUGGUUCAUGCCCUUGCAUAUUACAACAAGACGAAGACCUGGCUCACCGAGGACAUAUUGAACGAAAUCGGUGGCCACCCGGCAGAGGUCCAGCAGGCAAAAUUGAGUACUGUGCAGAUUAUCAAAAGGCAAGCCGAAAAGUUCUCGACAGAGAGGAUUAAGCCGUUGUUUGGCUACAAGAGACUCGGAGUUAACACCGUCCUCCUCUGGUUCAUGUGGGCUACGAUUGGCAUGGGAUAUCCGUUGUACAAUGCCUUCUUGCCUCAAUAUCUAACAUCUGUCGAUCCGGAUGCUCCCCCAACUCCGACCAGCAUCGUCUACCGCAAUUAUGCCAUAACCUCCAUUGUUGGCUGUCCGGGAAGCAUUAUUGCCUGCUACACGGUGGACAUCAAAUACGUCGGACGAAAGGGCACCAUGGCAAUCUCCGCGUUGCUCACUGGCAUAUUUAUCUUCCUUUUCACAACUUCGGCCGAUGCAGACUUCCAGCUAGCAUUCAGCUGCUUGGUCGCAUUCUUUCAGAACAUCAUGUAUGGUGUUUUAUACGCCUACACUCCAGAAACCUUCCCGGCCCCGAACCGUGGCACUGGAACUGGGAUUGCCUCUUUCUUCAAUCGCGUCGCAGGUCUGUGUGCGCCUAUUGUGGCGAUUCACGGAUCAGCCGCGAACCCCAAGGUCCCGAUCUACGUGUCUGGCGCCCUCCUGUUGGCAUCAUUCAUCGCCAUGGUUUGUCUUCCAAUCGAGACAAGAGGAAAGCAACCAUUGUGA